UUCCGUGAGGUUAUCGUCAUGGCGGCCGCCAAUGUUGUUAUGCAUCGUGCACUUGGGAAAGCCAUUAUACCUCCUUUGGUUGUGAUUUUAGGGGCUACCGGUACUGGCAAAUCCAAACUAGCAAUCGAGAUCGGGAAAAGACUGCAGGGCGAAAUAAUAAGCGCCGAUUCCAUGCAGGUUUAUGAAGGGCUGGACAUCAUCACCAAUAAAGUAACGGUCGAAGAGCAGGCUCAAUGUCGCCAUCACAUGAUCAGCUUUGUGGAUCCUUUGGUGAGCAACUACACAGUGGUGGACUUCAGGAACCAAGCUUUGUCUCUAAUUGAGGAUAUGCACCGCCAGGAGAAACUGCCAAUCAUUGUUGGAGGCACAAACUACUACAUUGAGUCCAUUUUAUGGAACAUUCUUGUUGACACCAAGGACAGUGGUACGGAGAGGGGGCAAGGUCUGCCCCCAGUCCCCAGAGCUGAUCUUGAGAAGCUGGGGGGUCCUGAGCUUCACAAGCAGCUGGUGGAGGUGGAUCCAGACAUGGCAGCCAUGUUACAUCCCCAUGAUGCCCGUAAGAUUGCGAGGAGUCUUCAGGUGUACCAGCAGACAGGAGUUCCACACAGUCGUAUUUUAGAGGAGCAGAAAGGGCAUGAUGGUGGAGAUGAUCUGCGUUUCUCUGAGCCCUGCAUCUUCUGGCUUCACUCCAAUAUGGAUGCUUUGGAUGAGAGGCUGGACAAGCGUGUGGAUAAGAUGUUGUCUUCAGGCCUGAUUGAUGAGCUGAAAGAUUUUCACAAGCGUUUCAAUGAAAAAAAAAUCCAGGAUAACAGUCAGGACUACCAGCAUGGCAUCUUCCAGUCCAUUGGGCUUAAAGAAUUUCACGAGUAUCUCACUGCUGGUGGAGACGUCAGCGAGGAAGUGCGCGAGAGGCAGAAGAAGAAAGGUAUCGAGGCCCUGAAGCAGGCAGCACGGCGCUACGCUCGAAAGCAGAACAAGUGGGUGUGUAACCGCUUCCUGAAAAGGCCGGGGAGAAGUGUUCCACCUGUUUAUGGCCUUGAUGUAACGGAUGUGUCCCGCUGGGAGCAAACGGUCCUCAGUCCUGCCAUGGACAUACUAAACUGCUUACAGAAGGGAGAGCAGCCGCCUGUUGAUCCAAUCAGAAUUGAAUGGGAGAAUCCACGUAACAAGCGCAGUCACCACAUGUGUGAACUGUGUCAAAAAGUAAUCAUCGGUGACCUGGAGUGGACAGCUCAUCUCAGGUCCAAAAACCACCUGCAUCACGUGCGGAAGAGCCGUCAGACACUGGGGCUGACUUCCUUGCCACAACAGAGUGUUUUAACCAAAGCAAGCCCCUCUACUCUUGUCCCUGACUCUGACAUGGUCUGCUUGGAGCCAGAGGCACUAGAGAAGCAGGACAGUGACAGGCAACGCCUGUGAGGUGCUGGAGCUUGGAUGCUGGCAUUUAAAAAAAAAAGUUUUUUGGCGAAAUGGGAGUGUUUGGAACUAAUUUCUCAGCUCCAAUGAAACAGGAAGCAUGAGUAUGUAUAUAUAUGUGUGUGUAAAAAAACAAACAAAAAAAAAACAUUGUG